UCAAUCCGAAGCAUAUCAUUUUAUAACCAGCGGUCGUGUUUUACCUUAAACCCACAAAUGGCGGUGCCGGAGCGUAGACAUAGAUUCUUCAAAUUCAGGUCCUCUGUUCUGUCACAGUUGAUGAUGAUGAGCAUCUUCCUUUAAAGCUAGCUAGCUCAUCUCUUUGUGUGCUUUUUUCUUUCAAAUUGAGAAUAUCCCCACCACCCACCACCCAAAGCAAAUUCUUCUUUUCUUCUUCUCCUCCUCCUUCUUAUCCCAACGUUUUCAAGUCAAAUCAAUCCGAUUCAUCCUUUUUUCUAUUUUCUUCCAAUCAAAUGUUGGCCAAAGACCACGACUUCUACUUCUCUCGGUCGGUUAUCGAAAUGGGUUGGAUCACGCUAAAACUCGUCUAUUCCAGGCUCUUCUGGCUUCUCUACGGCGUCUUCUCCUACGAAAACCACGAGGGCAAGCCUCGGAUUUAGCAACAACUUUUCUUCAUCUGUUUUUUCUCUUGUUUUUCAAGAUUUGUUUGCUGUCUUCUGCUGUAAAUACAUACAUACAUACAUACUACAAGUGUUGUUCAUACAACAAAUACAAUCCAUAAUUGUCCACUAUGCAAAGAGAAGGAGGAGUAGGAAAGAUUGAUGAUCAUGGUUAUGCUGAGAUUGAUCCAACGGCUCGAUAUUGCCGUUUUGACGAAAUUCUUGGAAAGGGAGCAAUGAAAACUGUUUAUAAAGCUUUUGAUGAGUUUCUUGGAAUUGAAGUGGCAUGGAGCCAGGUAAACCUCAAUGAUAUGCUCCAAUCACAAGAGGACUUGCAGCGGCUCUACUCUGAGGUUCACCUUCUCAGCACACUGGAUCAUGGCUCCAUCAUGCGAUUCUAUACGUCCUGGAUUGAUGUUGACCAUCUCACCUUCAACUUCAUAACCGAAUUGUUUACUUCCGGCAAUCUCAGACAGUAUAGGAAAAAAUAUAAGCGAGUGGACGUUCAUGCUAUUAAGAUAUGGGCUCGUCAAAUUCUCGAUGGCUUGGUUUACUUGCAUGAUCACGAUCCUCCUGUGAUACAUAGAGACCUCAAGUGCGAUAACAUCUUUGUCAAUGGUCAUCUUGGCCAAGUCAAGCUUGGUGAUUUUGGCUUGGCUGCGAUUCUUCGCAGUUCUCAUACUGCACACAGUGUUAUAGGCACACCUGAGUUCAUGGCACCUGAACUUUACGAUGAGAGCUACAAUGAACUUGUUGAUGUUUACUCGUUUGGUAUGUGUGUUCUGGAACUGUUCACAUCAGAAUACCCAUACAGUGAAUGUACAAAUCCAGCACAAAUUUACAAGAAAGUGACAUCGGGGAAGCUUCCCAAGGCAUUCUACAAGGUUGAAGAUGCAGAAGUGCAACGAUUCAUUGGCAGGUGUUUGGAGAAUGCUCCAAACCGAGUAUCGGCAAGAGAGUUAUUGCUAGAUCCUUUUCUUGCUUCUACAAAGGAUGAGAUGUUGCAUGUAAAGAAGAAAGGGAUUCAGAAACCAAUUAUAAAUGAUAAUAUACUUAUUGAUCGUGAGCUUCUGCAACUCACUGAAAACAACACAUCCAGAACCAACAUGACUGUGACUGGGAAGCUAAAUUCUGAAGAUGACACCAUCUUUCUCAAGGUGCAGAUGAUUGUUGAUGAAGAAGAAGGCGUGGAAGGAUCUGCCAGGAAUGUAUUUUUCCCCUUUGAUAUCGUAAACGACACACCAUUAGAGGUUGCGACUGAAAUGGUGAGAGAACUAGAUAUUCAUGAUUGGGAGCCCUAUGAAAUUGCCAACAUGAUUGAUGGGGAGAUAGCAGUUCUUGUCCCAGAUUGGAAAUGGGAGGAGGAUUACAAUAAACAGGAUAAUAAUCUCUGCAGCAAUUCCUUCUCGUCGCAUUCAUCUAUGUCGCCCUCAACUGCCUCCCACCAAAGGAACCAAAGAAAUGGAAGCUACGAUUGGCUUGAAGAUGGCCGGUUUGAUUAUACAAGAUUUGGUAGUGGAGGAAAUGUCAGUUCAAGGGAAAUAUAUAAUCGUACAUUGAUGAGGAAUAGAUCCCUAGUUGACAUGCGUAGCCAGUUGCUGCAUCGUUCAUUGGUGGAAGAGGUGAACAAAUUACGUCUGUCUAAAACAGCUGAGGAUGUGGAAGAAAUCGGUUUUCAGUCGCCUUACAAAGUUUCAGGCAGGAUGUCAAAUGACCAUGGAAGAAGAAGAAGGGCAUAAAAAGGAGAAGAGGUUUCAAAAGUGGAUACUAUCAAGCAUAUGGACAUGUAUAUAUUUUGGAGUUUUUGGGAUUGAUUCUGUUAGGUUUAUUGCGGUAACCUGUUUAAAUUGGUGUAAAGAACUUGUAAGAUAUUGUAAAUAGAAAACGUCUAAGCUAAUAAGAUAUUGUGGAUUUAACCCAA